UAUAAUAAACGUUCAUUGAAACAGCAACAAAGUAGCCAUAGUUGCUUCUACUGGGAGAGACGCGCGUGAUCUUAACAUCAAUUUCCAUCUUUUUUGGAUUGGACGAGAAACCCGAGCGAUUUGAGCAAAAAUGUCUGCUAAGGAUCUGAUGUACCCCAGUUUUACAAAGGAGAGGACGAGACACAAGAAGAAGAGGCUGGUGCAGAGUCCAAACUCCUACUUCAUGGAUGUUAAAUGCGUGGGCUGCUACAGAAUCACCACAGUCUUCAGUCAUGCCCAGACAGUGGUGCCCUGUGCAGGCUGCUCAGUGGUCCUCUGCCAACCGCAAGGGGGCAAAUGCAGAUUAACUGCAGGCUGUGCCUUCAGAAGAAAAUAUACCUGAGCAGGAAUCUGCCUCAGCACCCACAAGAUGCAGCACAAUGGACCAUGGAAAAUAAAUCAGAGUCUCACACUCUGUUAUUUUAAAUGUGGAAAAUCCUUAGUGGACACAUUCCCCCUAUCUGUCCAGUUUCUUAAUAAUGUGGAGUGAAAUUUCAUCUUCCCUCUGGGGUUUCAUAGGACAGAGCAGGAGAGGUGCAAUGGAAGUUAAUGGAAUGGAAUGGAAUGGAAGAUAAGCUCAAAUCAUGCACAUGCAGAUAAUUUUGUAUGCUCACAUAGAAUUUUAUGUGUAUCAGAUCGGUAUGUUGAAGCACUUAAUAUUGAGUAAGUAAAACGUUUUGUAGUCAUCAAAAUGCACAAAAAGUCCAAUGAGUCGUGAUUUCUGUAAAACAUUUAUUAGGUUGACAUAGAGGGGGUGGUGGUGAAUGAAAUAUUUCAAAAUGGUCUCGAUCAUGUGUGAGGUGCUUUCUGUAGCCCUGGCAUGAGAUGACACCAUGACGACCAUCACAAACAAAAAUAAAACAAUUGAAGAAUUUCUUGUCUGUUAUGUGUGUUCUUUGGUCUUGAGAGUUCCCCUGGCAAAAAGAAGUGGUGUAAAUGAAACAAAAAAAAAAAAAUCAAAGCAAUACAAUUUCUCACAUACCUAACAUUAUUCUACUAUAUACAAUAAGUAUCCAUGGUUGAUAAAACUUGACUGAGCUUCCAGUGGUUUGGGGUUUAGCUCGCUCAUGUAAUACAAUAUAUUGUAAAUCUAGUUAAUAUUGGCUACAUUACGGCAUAUUGUUGGCAAUGAUGCAGAAUAUGUUGAUGGUCAGGUCAAGCUUAGGGGAAGGUAGUACUUCUUAGAUAUGCAUGCAAGUGCUAGAUACUGUACAUGCACAGCUCCCAGGUUCUGCACAGAUUCCCACGCCAAAAAGAGUAGAAAAAUUUUAUGCACAUAAAUAUUCCGUGCAUUUUAAACAUGGACGCCUCGAGGAAAUUGGGGAUUGGCAGAAGAGUGUUGCUUUUGAAUUAAACAUAAAGAAGCCUUCCGUGACUGAGCAGCAUGUGCUUUGACCUGUUAUUUUAUCAAAGAGAGUUUUCCAUAAGGUCACCUGUCCAUUUAACCAUCACACUGUUUUAACACCAACUGAUUUAGGAGGAUACUGUAAAGACAGGCACACAUACAGUAAGUCCAACGUCUGUUGAAG